ACACCUACGUUUGGCCCCGGGUCACUUUGGAGGGAUUUGAUUGAAUGGGCCUGUAGCUGACACUGACCUCCUAUAAUAAUACAUUAAACAGCUCUUCCAAUUUCAAAUAUUAUAUAUUUUUUGGACACGGUUGCUCAUUUUUGGACCGGAUUUGCUAUUUUAAUUUUGAAUUAUGUGAUCUAUUUUGUAUUUCGGAUACAUUAUGAAAGAAAGGAACCCCGGGGACCAGAUGUGAUUUUUUUUUUUGUCCUUUCUUCAGACAUGCUUCUUGUGAUCAGAGGUGUUUGUGCAAACGCACAGGAGCCUUCAGAGGCGCUGACUGCGGGAUGUAAGUAGCUCUCCAGGGUGCUGAAGUUGUCUCCAAACGCGACAGACGCAGCGCCCUAGAGCUCCCUGCCUGUCACUUUCAGCCCAUAAUCCAAACACAAUGACUUGGCUGCGUCUUCACCGUGGAUCCUCCGGGUGAUUAGGUAAGGUUUGGGGAUGGUUAGGUGUCGGUUUGUUUGGAUAAAGCAGAUCUGAGACUGUAAGAGUGUCUUAUCGGACCCUGGAGCUGUCCUGAUGGCACCAAAUACAUGGUGUCACUGGUCUAAUUGAUAAUCCAAUAGUGAACACAGAGAUUCACUAUCUUGGAAACCCUGAAAGGACAAUGCAACAUAUCUAUCCUAAUUUCAGAGGGGCGCUGUGGGAGUCCAACCAUCCAUGUGUGCCUAUAAUUAAUAAAAGCAGAACUUUAACGACCCUGCCCUUUUAUAACUUUCUGUUAUGGGUCCUCCUCGGAGUGUUGACGUUCCCUUGUUGUGUCCGCUGUCUGAUAUUCAAAGUGGGGGUCCUGGGGCCCUGGAACUGCGACCCGAUACACUACCGGGCCCUGCCAGCGGCGGCCGCCAGGCUCGCUGUGAGCAGGAUAAACGGAGACCUGAAUCUGGAUCUGGGCCUGAAAAUGGACUUCAUCAUCCUCCAGGAGCCUUGUGAAACCUCCAGAGCCCUCACUGCGUUCAUUUACUAUGAGAAGAUGGCGGACGCGUUUGUGGGCCCCACCAACCCGGGGUACUGUGUGGCAGCUUCUCUGCUGGCCAAGAACUGGGACAAGGCCAUCUUCUCCUACGGCUGUGUUAACUAUGAGCUGGACCGGGCCAUAGGAUACCCGACCUUUGCCAGGACAGUGCCGUUUCCCACUGAGGUGUUGUUCACCGUGUUGAAGCACUUCAGGUGGGCCAGUGUCGUGGUGGUCUCAUCCAAUGAGGAUAUGUGGAGGGAUACAGCUGGGAGAGUUGCUACUGCUCUCAGGCAUGAGGGGCUUCCUGUUGGCCUGGUUGCAUCUAUUGGUUUGAAUGAGACGGAGGUGGAGAGCACGCUGAGGAAGAUCCAGGAUGCAGGAGACGUCAGGGUCAUCAUCAUGUGCAUGCACUCAGUCCUGGUCGGAGGGGAGCAGCAGGCUACGUUUCUUCUCAAAGCACAGAAAAUGGGCCUGACGUCGGGGAAGUACGUGUUCAUGCCCUACGACACCCUCCACUACAGCAUGCCCUACGUCAACAUCUCCUACUUCCCCCUGCAGAACAACAGCAGGCUGAGGGAGGCCUACGAUGCCGUGCUCACCAUCACUAUGGCCUCCGAGAUUCUGUCCUUCAACGAGGCGUUCGCUGCCGCCAAGAGGAGUGAGGAAAUUACGCUAGCCGUGCAGCCAGAGGAGGUUAACCCACUAUUUGGGACCAUCUACAACAGCAUCUACCUGCUGGCCAAGUCCAUCCACAACGUCAGGAGAGCAGGCAUGCGCCUGUCAGGCUCAAACCUGGCGUAUUUCACAAAGAACACGACCUUCACUGGCUUCAACCAGAAUGUCAGAGUGGACACUGGUGGGGACGUUAAGACCACCUUUGUCGUCCUGGACUCUGACAGCAGGGGGAGCCAGCUCUACCAGACCUAUCUGGUGGACCUGACGUCCGGAGUGCUUCGUUUUGCUGGGAGGUCCAUUAACUUUCCAGGAGGAUCUCCUCCGCCGUCUGAUUCCAGCUGCUGGUUUGACAAGAAUGCCAUCUGCACCGGAGGUGUGGAGAUCACCUACAUCAUAGUGGCGAUUGCUGUCAUCUUCGUUCUGGCUGUAGGAGGGCUCCUUAUAAGUCUUUAUAUCAGGAGGAGACUCCAACAAAUCCAGCUGGUCAAAGGUCCCAAUCGGAUCCUCCUGACCUUAGAGGAUCUCACUUUUAUCAAUCCUCAGCUUAGCAAAAAGAAAAUUACUUUAGAGGAUCUGAGCGAGUCCAAGAGCGCUCUAGAGGAGAAAUCUGGAGACCACUCCAGCAUGCAAACGGCAACUCAUGAGACCACCAAUGUAGCUGUGUACGAGGGCGACUGGGUUUGGCUGAAGAAAUUUGAGGAGGGACAGUUCAAAGAAGUAAAGCAGAGCACCACCAAGAUUUUCACAAAGAUGAAAGACCUGAGAAACGAGAACGUGAAUCCGUUCCUCGGCUUCUUCUUGGACUGCUCCAUGUUUGCGGUGGUGACGGAGCACUGCUCUCGGGGCAGCCUGCAGGACCUGCUGAGGAACGAGGACGUCAAAUUAGACUGGAUGUUCAAAUCUUCGCUAUUGCUCGACCUCAUCAAGGGUGUUAAAUACCUCCACCACAGAGAUUUCCCUCACGGCAGACUAAAAUCUCGUAACUGUGUGGUAGACGGGCGUUUUGUCCUCAAGAUUACCGACCACGGCUUCAAUGAGCUGCUGGAGUCUCAGAAAGCUGUUAUAGAAGAACCUGCACCUGAAGAUUUAUUUUGGACAGCUCCAGAGUUCUUGAGGGACCUUGCAAGCUCACGUAAAGGCACCUACAAGGGAGACGUGUACAGCUUUUCUAUCAUCCUUCAAGAGGUGGUGGUCAGAGGGCCGCCAUACUGCAUGCUGGGUAUACCGCCCGAGGAGAUCAUCCGUAAGGUGAAGAAGCCUCCUCCGAUGUGCCGCCCCACCGUGGCGCCGGACCAGGCUCCUCUGGAGUGUAUCCAGUUGAUGAAGCAGUGCUGGAGCGAGCUGCCUGACCGCAGACCUUCAUUUGAUGAGAUCUUUGACAGGUUCAAGAUAAUCAACAAGGGUAAGAAGACUAACAUCAUUGACUCCAUGCUGAGGAUGCUGGAGCAGUACAGCUCCAACCUGGAGGACCUCAUCAGAGAGAGAACAGAGGAGCUGGAGGUGGAGAAACACAGGACAGAAAAGCUGCUGUCAGAGAUGCUACCACCCUCUGUGGCCGAUGCCCUGAAGACUGGUGCCACAGUGGAGCCGGAGUACUUUGACCAGGUGACGAUCUACUUCAGCGACAUCGUAGGUUUCACUACCAUCUCCUCACUUAGUGAUCCCAUCGAGGUGGUCGACCUCCUCAAUGACCUCUACACUCUGUUUGACGCCGUGCUCAGUAACCACGAUGUCUACAAGGUGGAGACCAUUGGUGAUGCCUAUAUGGUAGCGUCGGGUCUGCCAAAGAGAAACGGCAACAAGCACGCCGCUGAGAUCGCCAACAUGUCUCUGAACAUCCUCAGCUCAGUAGGAACCUUCCAUAUGCGGCACAUGCCAGACGUGCCCGUCAGGAUACGCAUAGGAAUCCACUCAGGGCCCUGUGUUGCUGGGGUGGUGGGUCUGACGAUGCCUCGGUACUGCCUUUUUGGAGACACCGUCAACACGGCCUCUCGUAUGGAAUCCACAGGGCUGCCUUAUAGAAUCCAUGUAAAUAUGACCACUGUGAAGAUCCUCCGUUCUCUUAAUGAGGGUUAUAAAAUAGAUGUCAGAGGCAAGACAGAGCUGAAGGGUAAAGGUAUUGAAGAGACAUACUGGCUUGUAGGGAAAUCAGACUUUACAAAGCCUUUGCCAAAUCCGCCAGAGAUCAAACCAGGGGACAACUGGCAGCUGAUGGUGACAGACGAGAUCAAGAUGCAUUUUCGCAAAGCCAACAGACAGGUGGACAAAAACAACUGAAUGAGAGGAAGAGGAGGAAAGAAGUAAAACCAGAGGAGAGGAAGAGAGGAGGACACAUCCAGAGAGACAAAGAGCUGGGGUGGGGGAGCAGGCAGAGGACAGAGAGCCCCACCCAGCCUCUCACUGUGGCUUAAUGCAGACUUGUUUAAGAGGAUUGUCCAUCGACUGGCUAAUCUGCCUGCAGCCAGCGCAGCAGAACACAACGGUGCUAAUGUAAUGAGAGUUACCUGCCUACGUACCUGCCUGCGUACCUGCAGCCAGCAACGCAGCAGGGAAGGUGUACCGCUCCUUUAACCAAGGAUGCACUCAUUCACUCCUCUCUGCGCUCACCGGCCACUGAGUGGUCACCUAUUUCAGGGCAACCAGAGGUUCACCCAUCGGAUGAUUGAACGCCCCAAACGCCUAUUUCAAAAUGAAAUGUUACAUAUUUCUGGUGUCUGUUUUUUAGUUUGCCUUGAGAGCUGAUGAUAGAGUUGAGGGGGCGAGGAUGUUACUUAGCUAUGGCUGAAUAUUAUAUAUUAUGAGCUUCUGAAGUCGGGGGCAAAGGCUGCUAUUGUAUAUAAUUAUCAACAGAGAGAGAAAGAGACAUUUGCCACUUUUAUUUCUACUCUAUAAGGGCAGAACAACAAGGAAGAGUUGGUCCAUUCCUACAAAUUAUUACAUGUUUUUUGAGCUGUCACUUUUUUAUUUACACAAAUGAAAGGGUGACAGCACUUGGAGAGUCAUGACAAGUCAAUAGAUUUUAAAGUCCUUUAGUGCACUGGUUCCCAACCUGGAGGUCCCGACCC